UCUGACGAGUUCUCCAUGAGUCGCUUGUACCCGUUGUGUUGCGUAUCAAUUUGUCACAAGAAUAUUAACCAGAAAGUACAAUAAUCACGAUGGAAUCCACCAGUCAACGAGUGCCUAUCACCAAUUAACUCAACAAGCAUGUAGCCCCAAGUGUUCUCAUUGUUGUUUAUUUUUUUACUUUGUUUUUUUUUAUCCUACCGAGAGUAAUGGAGACGAGAAUCCGUGGGGUUUAUCCUUCGUAUUGAUCCCAACGGUGCAAUGAUACCAGUCGUGACAGCGUGUUUGUAAACUUUUGACCUCUCGGCUCCUCACAAGGUGGGCUAUUUCCGUUGUUUUUUUUUUUUUUGAAUUUUUUAAUCAUCUUCAAUUAUGGAGACUGUCGGUGAUUACGAGUACAAUACCAAGGAUCUCAUUGGACAUGGAGCCUUUGCCGUCGUCUUCAGGGGCAGACACAGAAAAAAAGCUAAUUUCAUCGUUGCCAUCAAGAGCAUUACGAAGAAAAGCCUGGCGAAGUCUCAAAAUUUACUCGGCAAGGAAAUAAAAAUUCUGAAGGAAUUGACGGAAUUGCAUCACGAGAAUGUCGUCGCGCUGCUGGAUUGCAAGGAAUCGAAUCAUAAUGUCUUCCUGGUGAUGGAAUACUGCAAUGGUGGUGAUCUGGCUGAUUAUCUCGGUGCAAAGGGUACUCUCUCAGAAGACACAAUCAGAUUAUUUUUGAAGCAACUGGCAGGUGCCAUGAAGGCUCUCAAUGACAAAGGCGUCGUCCACAGAGAUCUGAAGCCCCAAAAUAUUUUGCUGAGUCACAACUGUGGCAAGACAUGCCCCCAACCUCAUCAGAUCACUUUAAAAAUUGCUGACUUUGGCUUUGCCAGAUUCCUUCAGGACGGUGUGAUGGCAGCAACCCUGUGCGGCUCCCCCAUGUACAUGGCUCCAGAGGUCAUAAUGUCCAUCCAAUACGACGCUAAAGCCGACCUCUGGUCCUUGGGAACAAUAGUAUUUCAAUGUCUAACUGGAAAAGCACCAUUCCAGGCCCACACACCCCAGGCCUUGAAACUCUUCUACGAGAAAAAUGCAAAUUUGAGUCCGAAGAUCCCCCCAGGCACGUCUCCAGAGUUAUCACAUCUGCUGAUGGGUCUCCUGAGGAGAAACGCGAGGGACAGAAUGUCCUUCGAGGAUUUCUUCAGUCACACGUUCCUCGAGGGCCCACGAGAGAGCCCGAGUCUCGUCCCUGUGGAAUUGCCAGCGUCACCAGAGGCUGUUGAGCCCCAGAUCCCAGGUGCUGUUGCCCUGUCUGAUCCAGAGGCACAGAGCCCCUGCUCAAGCCCCGAGGAUGACUUUGUUCUCGUUCCCAGUGAUCUGAGCAGCGAUACCGAUAAUAAUCCCAACCCCCACGGUAAAUUAACCAAGCAGGGAAGUAGAGAAGCUGUUUCACCACCUCGACCCUGUUUUUUACCAAUCUCUGAGCCCAUACCUGUGCCAAGCCAACGGAGUAGUGUCCAGCAAUCAUCACCAGGCCGUGGAUCGAGCUCAGUGGUUCCCAGGUCACAGCCCAUCAGCAUGAAGAGGAGUGUCGAUUCACACAGAAAUCCAUCGGUGGAUAUUGGCUCACUCAGUCCACCCAGUGUUCAAUUUGUCAUUGGGACACCCCCUGGAAGACGUCUCAGUGAAACUCCACCGCCACCCAAUACGUGGCAGGUGAGUCCUGUGGCCAGGCACUCGCAGUUGUCCUCUGGUGCUUCACCCCUGAGAAGAUCAUCAGUAAAUAACAGCGCCAGCUCACCACUCCUCACUGGACCUCUCGCUGUUCUUGGUUCACCAACUGCUAGAGCCCUUCAGGAUAAUAACAAUACCCUGAGGCACUCACCUAUCAUUCCCUUCGGCACUCGUGCAAUUACACUUCCUGAAAUAUCAGAGGCUGGCAGCUUUCAAAGUUUCUUCCCCGAGCUCAAUGCUGGCUCCUCCGACGAUCGUCCCCUCACCUUCAUCGCACCAGAGCUCCCAGAGGAGACCCUCCUCGAGAGAGAGCACAACGAGAUACUCGCUAAAUUGAAUUUCGUCGUUGCCCUCUGCGAUUGUGUCUCCGAAGUCGCCAGAACUCGUGCUGGACCUCUCGGGGCUCCUCUCGGUGGCCUUGAGCAAGCCACCAAUGCUGCCACCAAGAGAAGGGGUGAACAGGUGAUUUUACUCGUGAGGGCACUCCAGUGGCUCAGCUCUGGUCUCAGUCUAGCUACGCAACAGCUCAAAGCUGGCAGACUUCAACCCACAGCCAGUGUCAAAGAGGUCGUUAGCACCAUGAAUGAUAAAUUUAGAUCGUGUCUCGCCGAGUGCAAACAACUCAAUAGCGCUGGAUUACUCAGACAGACCCUCUCUACUGCUGACAAAAUUCUCUACAAUCAUGCGAUACAAAUGUGUCAAUCAGCAGCUCUCGACGAACUAUUCGGUAAUCCAGCCGAGUGUUUCCAGCGUUAUCACACAGCCCAAAUUCUCCUGCACUCAUUAUCACAGCACGUGAGCCACAGUCAAGACAGGGCGCUCCUCAUAAAAUAUAAAUCAGCAGUGGAGAAACGACUGUACGUCCUCCAACAGCAGGGAUACAUUUACGCGACUGAUCCCACGUAACGCUUGUGUAAAUCGACAAAUCCACAGGAUCGAUUAUCGAUCCCCUGUUUAACUGUAUCCAAAUCAUAAUUAAGUGAAUGAACGAUGCAAUGAGAAGGAUCGACGAGCAAACAAGCAAAAUAUAUCAGGAGGUGGUGAUGAGUGAUGGUUAUCCUUCGAUUUAUUUACAUGAAACAAAAGCUAUAAAUAAUGUAAUAACCGUGAUCUAUCAAUCUUUAUUUCGUAUAAAGUAAUAAACAUGUGUAUACUAUGAA